AUGUCAAUGUUUGCAGAUGAUGCAAAGCUGAUGAGGAACGUGAAAAUGGAUGAGGACUGCAUAAAGUUACAGGAGGAAGUUGACACAUUCCAGGAAUUGUCCGACAUAUGGCUGCUGGAAUUCAACCCCCCAACAAGUGGAGCCGCAGCGCCGCGCCGGCUACCACACCAACACUCUGAUGCUGUGAAGCACUCCACCAGUGACCAGAACAAUACAACUACGCUACACACGGACAAUACAACUACGCUACACACGGACAAUACACCUACGCUACACACGGACAAUACAACUACGCUACACACGGACAAUACACCUACGCUACUCACGGACAAUACAACUACGCUACACACGGACAAUACAACUACGCUACUCACGGACAAUACAACUACGCUACACACGGACAAUACACCUACGCUACACACGGACAAUACAACUACGCUACUCACGGACAAUACACCUACGCUACACACGGACAAUACAACUACGCUACUCACGGACAAUACACCUACGCUACACACGGACAAUACAACUACGCUACUCACGGACAAUACAACUACGCUACUCACGGACAAUACAACUACGCUACACACGGACAAUACACCUACGCUACUCACGGACAAUACACCUACGCUACUCACGGACAAUACACCUACGCUACUCACGGACAAUACACCUACGCUACUCACGGACAAUACACCUACGCUACACACGGACAAUACACCUACGCUACUCACGGACAAUACACCUACGCUACACACGGACAAUACAUCUACGCUACUCACGGACAAUACACCUACGCUACACACGGACAAUACACCUACGCUACUCACGGACAAUACACCUACGCUACACACGGACAAUACACCUACGCUACUCACGGACAAUACACCUACGCUACACACGGACAAUACACCUACGCUACACACGGACAGUACAACUACGCUACUGUUAUAA